GAACUGCACUCGAUCCGGCAGCUAUGUUAUUGUUAUAGACGACGAUCCAAUCGAAUCCGAGAACGCAGGCGCCACGCAAUUUGUCCGUUACGUUCGACCACUGCGGAUUGUUCACGCAACUCGAGUGAUAAACAAAAAAUUAACUCCGAUUUCAGUGACAUUCAAUAGGGCGAUCGUGUGCCCCCUUUUUUUAUACACAUUUUUUUACCACUUUUUUUCGCUGUGAUAAUGUCGAGUGCUGAGUUGGGGCAACCUGUAACCCUUUUAUUCUCUACCUGAUCUCGCGAGUCAAAGGUAUUAGUCAUGAAAGCCGGGGCGGCUUUUGAAUCACCAGCGGCAAUAACAAUAACAAUAAUAACAGCAGCAGCUUCAGCGGCGUCCCCACAGCAGCAGCAACAACAACAGCAACAGCAAAGACAGCAAAGACAACAAAAACCCCAACGAUUAAUGAAUAACCCCAGCGAAUGCCGAAUGCCGUAAACUGUUUACAUUGCUCACAGCAUUACUCACUCACUCACUCACCUCGCUCAACCUGAGCGCUGAGGAAGAGUUGGAGUUGGAGAGGAUUGGAGAGUGGAAGAGGGAAGGCAGCGGAGCAGAGGAGAGUGGAGAUCGCAGCUGCACUAGUUUCGAUUACUCCCCAGUCUCCACCACUACCCAUCAUCCCCUAUCCCUCUCCUGACCACUGAUAACGAAUCGGACGCAUCGUUAGGCGAGAGCGAGAGUGAGAGAGAGCGGCGGGCGGAGAAAGCCAGGGGAGAGCGCGAUCGCUGGAAUCGCAGAGGAUUACCAAGUAGCAACGCCAAAAGCAACUAGAACCAGAAGCAUGAGUGACGAGACAACCAUUAGCCUGGACGGCUAUCCCCCCCUGGAGGCGCUGACGACCGCGGCUCCGCCGGCCGAUGCAAGCGGCUUCUCGCAGUCGCUCCUGACCUUUGCCGCUGUCAUGACCUUCCUCAUAAUGAUCGUCGGCAUCUGCGGCAACCUGUUGACCGUGGUGGCCCUGCUGAAGUGUCCCAAGGUGCGCAAUGUGGCCGCCGCCUUUAUCAUCAGUCUGUGCAUUGCCGACCUGCUCUUCUGCGCCCUGGUCCUGCCCUUCCAGGGCCUCCGAUUUGUCCAGGGGACCUGGCGUCAUGGCCAGGUGCUGUGCCGCCUGAUUCCCUUCAUCCAGUACGGCAACAUAGGGGUGUCCCUCCUGUGCAUCGCCAUGAUCACCAUCAACCGGUACGUAAUGAUCACCCACCAUGGGCUGUACGCCAGGAUCUACAAGCGCCACUGGAUCGCCGUGAUGAUUGCCGCCUGCUGGCUCUUCUCCUACGGCAUGCAGCUGCCCACGCUGCUGGGGGAAUGGGGUCGCUUCGGCUACGACCACCGCCUGCAGACCUGCUCCAUCAUGACCGACGAGCACGGGCACAGCAGCAAGACCACGCUCUUCAUCACCGCCUUCGUCAUCCCCUGCCUGGUGAUCAUCGCCUGCUACGCCAAGAUCUUCUGGGUGGUGCACAAGUCGGAGCAGCGCCUGAAGCGGCAUGCCACCAAGCAGAACUCCAUUCCCAACAAUCUGCGUCCCCUGGCCAGCACGGGAUCGGGAGCCCUGCCCUCGGUAGCCGAGUGCCAGCCGAGCAACCGCGUCUCCUCGGACAGUAGCAGCAGCUUCUCCGUGGAUGUGCCCGAGACGGCGCCCAGUGGCAAGCAGCAGCCCACCCGGGUGAAGGACCAGCGCGAGGUGCGGGCCAAGCGGAACGAGUGGCGCAUCACCAAGAUGGUGCUGGCCAUCUUCCUGUCCUUCGUCGUCUGCUACCUGCCCAUCACCAUUGUGAAGGUGGCCGACAAGAACGUGGAGCACCCCAGCCUGCACAUCUGCAGCUACAUCCUGCUCUACCUCUCGGCCUGCAUCAACCCGAUCAUCUAUGUGAUCAUGAACAAGCAGUACCGCAAGGCCUACAAGACGGUGGUCUUCUGUCAGCCGGCGCGCCUCCUCCUGCCCUUCGGAAAGACCAAUGGCGCCAGCAGCGCUGCAGAGAAAUGGAAAGAUACCGGGUUGAGCAACAACCACAGCCGCACCAUCGUCUCCCAGAUGUCGGGGGGCACGGGAACGGGAGCGGGAGCGGGAACGGCCACUCCAUCGGGAUCGGGAUCGCAGAGUCCACCACCAGCGGAAAGCCAGCCGGCCCAGGCCCUGGAGAUGCUGUCACGGGCACCACCGGAUCUGAUCAGCAAGUCGAACCUCCCGCUGGCGGCCGCUACGCCUCCGCCGCCCUCGGUCCUCACGGCGACGCCCAAUGGAAGCAGCAGCCUCAGCCUGCGACUGCCGCUCAAGAAGAACAAUUACUCCUACACCAACAGCGGCUUCAACAACAGCAGCGGUCCCCCGGGCUCCGGCAUGGCGAUCAGCAGCAGCUCCAUUUACCGGCCCGUAGCUGGCUCACUGGGCAGCGGUGCGGCCUCGAUCAGGCGCAUCACGAUGGUGGGCGACGAUAUCAUACUGGAGGAGGAGGAGCUGCCACCCACACCGCCGCCGCCAGCGAGCCCAGCGACCUCGGCGCCCACAACGCCGGCUCCUCCCCCACCGGCUCCAUCAGCCCCAACCCAUCCGCUCUCCACGACGUCGUCCUCACCAGCCACCGGCGGAGGAGCAGUGGCAGUGGCAGCGGGGAGCAGCAGCAGCCCGGACAAGCCGACGACCAAGAAGCCGCACAUCUACAUGAACGUGGACAGCCCGAAGAGAAGCCAAUCCUACGCGGAGCGUAAUACCAAUGCGGCUGCCCCGGGCAGUGGCUCCGGUCAGGCCAACACAUCAGCAGCUGUCUCCGUGUCCGGCUCCAAGCUGACGGCCAAGAUGAAAUUCCCAAAAGACUAACGAAAUGCUUUAAUUCCAAACCAAAACGAAUCAAAAAAGACGUAGUCUCUGUGCUACUUUCGUUAUAAACAAACCCUAUGCCAGGCAUUGUAGAGCGGUGUAUCGUAAAACCGAGAAAAGCCGAGGAUUCCUCCGAGACCCCGAACCCCAAACCCCAAACGGUGUUAUAGUUCAAUAUCGCAUUUCCCGUAUCGUAAGCAAUUUGUUCUAUAGAUAUUGUAAAUUAAUAUGUAGUUUUUGCCAAAUAGCGAGUUGAAUCGUGCCAUAGAUCACCCCUUGGAUUCUGCUGUCCUUCUUAUUGCACACUCUAUCUAUACCCAACUAUAAAGUGUAAAGCUUGACCGUAAGAAUAUUAUACCUGACCAUUACAACUCUGUUUAACACCAAACUUUGGAGAUCGAACUUCGCUAGAUCUAAGUUUUUCACAAAAACUGCUGUAGAAUUAUAUUGUUAUUUCACCCGACGUCACUUGACUUGGAUCAGUCACCCUGGUUCAAUUACCACUUCGAAAUCGCGUUACACCUGACGCUACUUAGUGAUAGUUAUAGCCCCUAGAUAUUUAUGGUCGCUCACGCUUAGUAUUAACCCCUUUUAUCUUAUCUGAAGUACCUAUACUACCAUUCUUCCACUUUAUCACCAAGUCUUUCCCCAAUUCUCUCCACUACUUUCAUCGAACACAUUCCAUUGCAACGUAGGCCUUUGUAAAUGAACCUAUUGUUAGUCCACCACGAGCACUCCAUGCGAAAGACGAUAGACGCAAAUCGAAUAUGAAUAUAAACAUAGAUGAUUACAAAAAUAAACAACGCCUUUGGUUUAUAA